CGACGCGUCUUUCGUCAACGUCGACCUGUCCUGUAUUUGGCUACCUCUAAAUCUACUUGCUCUUUUCUUGCUGCAUGCCAAUGACUGUUGAGAGCACUUGGAUUUUGAGAAGGCCACUAGUUCUGUCUUCCCACCCAUUCGACAAGAAGUAUCGAGGAACAUCAAUCCACCUCUAAAGACAAAAAACAUAGCAAAUCUUUAACUUACAGGGCCGUUGAGUAGGACUCAGACUCGGGGGACCUGGGUCUAGGUAUCCCACACCAGUUUGACUUUGAAGAAACCGGAUUUUGGAACUCAGGCAACGUGAACAGAUACGCAAAAUCAGGGAGGCAAGCGUACGAAUCUCUUGGACCUAAGCAAUUUGAACGCGAGCAGGACGACAGACGGAAUACGGAACUGCACAGAAAAAAAAGCAAGAAUUGCAGACGAUGUCGUAUACCUGGGGAUGGCGAGUGUUGGUUAACCUGCUACUGCAGCCAUCGAUGUAGUUUAGAGCGUUUUCAUCAUUCGAUUGUCCACAAGCUCAGCCAUCCUAACUCAAUUCUGUCUUUCACUCUUGCGGUUCGGGUCCGUGUAUAAGUGCCAGUAACGCUGGAAUGCUCUGCAUCGACGCUGAUACCAAGUUGAUCUGGGGAGACGUUGAAUCUCACAGUCCGAGACCACACCAACAACAAAUGGAAGUGGGUUUUGGCGGAUUGGAGAGGAACAAUUGGGGUUGCAUUGCAUUGAGGCAGACGACGCAUGAUACACCGACUCGAAAUCGAUGGCGAUGUUCUAUGCAUAUCCAUUACCCCAUUCACAAUGAUAACCUUUGAAUCGUCGCUUGCAAACCACCAGUGUGCAAACAACGGCGGCAGGGUAUGGAUCGCCCGGGUCCCCGAAUUCAAAUUGUCCAGCACUCAAAAGCCAAAACAUGAGUCUGAGAAGAACACUGGACACGCCUCAGCCUCCAGGCUCCAGUACCAACUUGAAUGUAGCCGUUAGCCUUCAACUGUGGCGUUCCGACACAACAUUCUUCUUUUGCUAAAUCGUAUCUUUUUUGUUACUCGGCUCGCUUGAUCAAGUCGGCAGUCGAUUGAAUCAACCCAAGUCUUGAAUCGAGAGGAAUGUCGCGAAACACGAAUGCUUUCAGAUGCGGGCAUAUUUUUCUCGACGGUGGCACCGUUAUCAAGCAGAUCUCAUUCCGUUGAGCCAGGAGAAAGGCUUCGGUUUUUCCUGAUGAACCCGCACUACGGGUAACAGUUUGAGGUAGUAUCGGUCUACUCCACUCCAUUUAUCAGCGACUCUGAGGUGUUUGGUCAUUCGUCCAUACGAGCCGUUUGUGGCAUAUUCGCUCCCAUUUGCGACUACGCUUACCCACAUUCGACUGGGGAACAAAAGAAUACCCGUCGUAACUUCGGUACUUUGUACGACUGUACUAUCGAAGUCGUGCGUAACAACAAUAUCUGUGAGGCCCAUCCUCAAGAUCUAGGAAUAUACAAGCUAUCAAACCUCAAGCUCAAGCCUCACCUUCUAGCGUUGAAGGCCAGACUCAGAUUUUACCUUACUAAGUUUCCAUGAAUGAGGCGUUUCUAGAAGCCUUUCGACAUGUCCUAUCCUUCAUGGAUCAAUCGUAGCUUCCUAGUCGAAAUGGACCCCGUGUCGGAAUAUAGGUGAGAGGACACGAAAUCGCGUUCAAUGCCGCCAAUCAUGCUCAAGCCACGCAAACGAGUCAAGCCUCGGCAUGGAACACAUAUUGGCGAUGCACCUUAGCACAAUUCCAGCAGUCAAAUUGAUAACCACAGGGGUGUAGCUCGCUACUUCCAAAAAUGCUUUCUCGCGCCCGUAAAAGGAACCCAACCGUAGUACUCGGGAUCUCCGAUUAAAAACAGUUGCCUAUAAAUCACGACGAGAUUGAAGCAUGUUCUCCAUCUUCUGCAAGCUGAUGAUGUUCAUCUUUCCUUUGCUCGUUGCCGUUCAGGCUAGCAUCGCACUCGCUACCAGUCCAACUGUUUCCCUGGAUUCGGCUACUGCAACUGGGGUAACUGAAGGACUUGUAUCCUCGUUCUACGGUAUACCGUAUGCUCAGCCUCCAACUGGAGACCGACGAUUCCGUGCACCAGUACCCAUACCACCUUACACUGGAUCUAUCGAUGCCACCUCCAUAAAACCCGCUUGCCCACAACAAAAAAGUGAUACUUUCAAACGUGAAGGGAAUACAGAAGAGGUCAACACUUUUCUCGCCGAGAACUUCGAGCCGGUCAAUGCUCCCGAAGCUGAAGACUGCCUUCAUAUCAAUGUACUGAAACCUAUCGACGCGACUCCUGAGUCUAAACUUCCUGUCCUUGUGUGGUUUUUUGGCGGCGGAUUCCAGACCGGAUCGGCCAUUAGCCGGUUAACGCCUGGUAAUGUUAUUGUCAAGCGUUCUCUCGAACUGAACCAGCCGGUUAUCCAUGUCUCGAUGGACUAUCGCUCGAACGGCUUCGGCUUCAUGGCGAGCAAAGAAGUCAAAGCCGCUGGCGUAGGGAACAUUGGUCUUCGUGACCAAAGAGAAGCCUUGCGAUGGGUACAAAAAUAUAUUGGUGCAUUCGGUGGCGACCCUACCAAAGUUACAAUUUGGGGUCAAUCCUCAGGAGCCAUCUCCGUAGCACUUCAAAUGGUGACCAACAGUGGUAACACCGAGGGACUUUUCCGGGCUGCAUUCAUGCAUUCUGGGGCGACGGUUCCAGUGGGAGACAUUACUAAUGGUCAAAACUAUUACGACCAGAUCGUGUCGGAUACAGGUUGUUCAGGAUCUGCUGAUACACUUGCAUGCUUGCGAAGAGUUUCGUACCAAAGUCUGAUGGACGCGAUCAACAAAACCCCCGGGAUCUCCAGCUAUCAGUCCCUUCGUUUGACGUGGUUGCCGCGGGUGGAUGGCGACUUCCUCACCGAUAUCCCAUCAAAUCUGGUGCAACAAGGCAAAAUUGCGAAUAUUCCAUUUGUGUCUGGUAAUUGUGACGACGAAGGGACCUUCUUCUCCGGGUCUAGUCUGAAUGUGACCGAUGACGCUCAAUUCCGGGAAUACCUAAAAUUUCUCCUUCCCUCCGACAUCCCUGACGCAGACAUUGACGAAAUCACGCGAGUGUAUCCGUCCGACGUCACUCAAGGCUCCCCAUAUGACACUGGAACGUCCAAUGCAAGGACGCCCCAAUACAAACGCAUUGCAUCAGUACAGGGUGAUAUGGUGUUUCAAGGUCCUCGUCGAUUCUUCGUCCAGUCGCUCAACGGAAGGCAAAAUACGUGGUCAUUCUUGAGUAAGCGUCUGAAAUUUAUUCCGAACCUUGGAUCCUUCCAUGGGUCAGACCUUCUGAGUGUCUACGGAGGUUACGAUAUGACUGACUACCUCGUCCGCUUUGCUACGAAUCUGGAUCCUAAUGGAGACACUGGGAUUUAUUGGCCCAAGUAUACUACAGCGGCUCCUAGUUUGUUAACGUUCAAGACUGGUAUUCAGCCGCUAGAAAUCACUCAGGACGCGUACCGGGAAGAAGCACUAAAAGUCGCUACGAGGGUGCUUAUGGAGCAUCCGAUGUAA